AUGUGGACCUUGCAUGACGGAAUUGGAUUUGUUUUCUUUUCUGGUUUGUGUGUCCAGAUGGGGUUCACUCUUCAAGGAAGGUUUACCAAGAUCCCCGCCAACAUGACUGCUAAAGUGGGGCAGAACAUUGAAAUGGAGUGCGCCUUUCAGAGCGAAACAGCCUCGGUGUACUUGGAGAUUCAGUGGUGGUUCAUAAGAGCGCCGGAGGAGCCGAGCGACAGUGAGGAAGAGACAGCCACAGAGCCGCCGCAGAUGGACAUCAUACCGGAAAUUGACCCAGAUGAUGAAGGAACCAAGAUAAGUACGGUGAAGGUGCAGGGGAACGACAUCUCCCACCAGCUGCAGAGGUUCCGGGUGGACAAGAGCGACGAGGGGCUGUACGAGUGCCGCGUCAUCGACGCCAACUACGGCGAGCUGCGGGAGUACAAGGUGCAGGGCUACCUGAAGGUCAACGCCACGGCGCGGCCUCGGCCCCCCAGCAAGACCUCCCCCCUGCACCUGACCGACAAGAAGCCCCGCAAGAGCGGCGCCAUGGCCGGACAGGACAGCGGCAUGAGCGCUGACCAGCGGGCCUCCAGCUCCACCUCCCAGAUGUCCUCGUCCAAAACAAUCCACCACAACCCAGGCUCAGGUACACGGAUAGCCUCGCCCCACGGACUGGCUGUCCUGCUCCUCGCGUGUGGCUUUGUGAGGGGAGCCCUGCUAUAG